AAUUACCUCCAACUGGGCGGCUGAAACUCAGAACUAGGUUAUUUAUAGUCAAGCUCAGCAGAGGUGCGGAGGUGCAAGAGACAGCUGUGUUUACAAACAUGGGGUCACCUGAACCGGAGAGGUCCAGAAGGUAGCUAGGGUACCCUUCCCUUCCCUCCAGACCAGGGUUGGGAGAUAGAGGGUUAAGAGUAGAGAAGAAAGUGGGGAUGGGGGCUUUGAUGCUGGUGCACGUGACCCAACGUGUGUGUCACAUGCAAAUUGUAUGCAAAUAAGAGAUUUGGUGGCUUAACUAUCAUGAUGUUUAAGUAGCGACCCUCGUGGGCCUUCGUGGCCUGGUGGUCCUGGGUCCUGGCCCUGGCCCGGUCCCAGGGCCACCGGAGAAAAGGCCAGGUCUCACAAGUCCCUCCUCCAACCUUGACCUAGCUCACAUCUUACAGAAACAACCUGUUAUCCAAGGAGGGAAGGAAAGUUUUGCCCCUCAACCACUCAAGGGCUCUGCCAGACCAGCUCCCCACGCCCCUGUCUGUUGUUGGGGAAGAUAAGUGUCGGGUUACCAGUCCAGGGGCUAUAGUUAGCUUCAGGGACGUUGUUCAGCAGACCGGGAUCUGCGCAGAGCCUGCACCAACUUCAGCCCUAGCCUGCCGCAAAAGACCAGAGCCCGGGCCUUUCUAGGCCUUCGCCACCUCCAGAUUUGUCUUUGGCCCCGCCCCACAUCACUCCUGAGGACCCUCGGGUGCGGGAGGAAGGUCCUGGAGCCCAACUAAGCCGGCACUCCACCGCUGCUGGCUUCAUCAUCAUCCGGAUCCUGCCAUCCCGGGACUCCUCUCAGGAUGAUUCUGGAGGAUCUGUUGAUGGUCCUCAGUUGCCUCAGCCUGCACUCCCUCUGGAAGGUCCAAGCUGUUCCUAUCCUGCCCCUGAGCCUGGUUCCAGACACGUUCGAUGAUGCUUAUGUGGGCUGCUCUGGGGAGAUGGAGGAGAGAGCAGGCCUGCUGCUGGAGGAAGAGAUGGCACACCACGCCCUGCUCCGGGAAUCCUGGGAAGCAGCCCGAGAGGCCUGGGCACACCGGCGCCACACGCUCACCCUACCGCCUGGCUUCAAAGCCCAGCAUGGAAUAGCUGUUAUGGUGUACACCAACUCAUCCAACACCUUGUACUGGGAGCUGAACCAGGCUGUGCGGACAGGGGGUGGCUCCCGGGACCUCUACAUGAGGCGCUUCCCCUUCAAGGCCCUGCAUUUCUACCUCACCCAGGCCCUGCAGCUGCUGCGGGGCUCUGGCGGCUGCAGUAGGGGAGAUGGGGAGGUGGUAUUCCGAGGCGUGGGCAGCCUUCACUUUGAGCCCAAGAGGCUGGGGGACUUGGUCCGAUUAGGACAGUUUGCCUCCAGCUCUCUGGAUGAAGCCGUGGCUCGUGGGUUUGGGAAUGCCACUUUCUUCAAUCUAAGGACUUGUUUUGGGGCUCUUAUCCAGGCUUUGUCUGUCUUCCCCGAGGAGCGUGAGGUGCUGAUACCCCCACAUGAAGUCUUCUUGGUCACUGGGUUCUUCCAGGAUGGAGCCCAGAGCGUGGUGACUCUCUGGAGUUAUAAUCAGACCUGCAGCCACUUUAACUGCGCCUAUUUGGGUGGGGAGAAGAGGCAUGCCUGUGUGUCCUCUGCAGCAGAAGGGCAGCCAGAGUUAUCCUCCACAGAGGCCUUGGCUUUGCAAUCGGGGAAGACGCUGCUCUUGGCCCCUGGGGAGUUGCAGCUCUUGAGCGCUGGUCCCUGAAAGUCUCUUGGGAAUCCUGGGAACUGAUGACCUUUCUAUGAAGAAGAGGCUUUGAGUGGCCUCAAGAUGCCAGAGUGUGCCUGGUCUACAGAGCUAGUUCCAGGACAGGCUCCAAAAACCACAGAGAAACCCUGUCCUGAAAAACAAAAACAA